AUGGCCCGGCAGCUGGCAGAGGGGUGGGGCCAGCACCGGUGGGACAGAUUCUCAUUCGAAUACCUGCAGUCACUAGUACAGCAGUUCACCCCGGGCCCAAGGCCGAGCACGGAUCACUGCCGCACCCUCCGGGGCGAAGGCGCUUGCCUGGAGGCCAACGGUUGCCAAGGGUUCCUGCACGGCCCCGCGUCCGCGCUGCGCGGCUCGCCGCUCCAGGGCCUGCACGACACCGGAGCGAGCGCGGGGCGCGCGCAAAGGGAAGAGUACGCAGCCAAUUCGCCACAGGCCUCAGCGGCAGCUGAGCCCCGCCGUGCCACCGGAAUGGUGAAGCGCAGGGCCAACUGGUCCGAGCCGGGCGCCGCAGGCGCCGGAGAUAGCGCCGCGUCGGCCGCGAUCCACAGCUUGGCGAUGGUGAUCGUGGCGGUGACGGUUGUGGCGAUGGCGAUGGCGACGGCGAUGACGAUGGCAAUCGGUAGAGACGCGCUCGCCUGCCUCAUCCUCGGCGAGGAGAAGAGCAGCCCGCCCCGGCCCCAUCCUCUGCCUCGAGCACUGUACGGUGAUGCAAUCGCUUCAUUCCUGCACUUCGACGAGCCAGUGCCCAACCAGCUCUAUGUCAUAGGCGGGCGCAACCGAGAAGAAGGACCGCUGGACACGGUCGAGAUGUUCGACACGUGGUACGGUUGUUGGGUGCAGUGCCCCAGCAUGUCUGCGCGACGUGCUGGUUGCGCUGCGGCUGUGCUUCCUGACGAGAGGAUCCUCUGCGUGGGCGGCUACGACGCCAACGGCAUCGUCAAAGGCCUCCUAGCCUCAUGUGAG